AGGCUCUGCCCCAGCCCACAGCUAUCACACGCAUCGCUCCUCUGCUAGCAGCGCUAUCCGCAGUGCUUCCUAGUGCGUGUUACCUGCCCACACCCACUGUGCCACUGUCUGCCCGCGGGUGACGAACAUAUCCCGGUUUUUGAAGAAUGGAUUCCCUUUGUGCGGCAAAUAGCUCCUUUGCUCUCAAUCUCUUUAAAAGGUUGAGUGACAGUAAUAAUGCUGGCAAUAUGUUCUUUUCUCCACUGAGCAUUUCCUCUGCUCUUGCCAUGGUCUACCUUGGUGCUAAAGGUAACACUGCUGCCCAGAUGUCUGAGGUGCUUCAGUUCAACAAAGCCAAAGAUUUGCACACAGAUUUUCAGUCACUUAUAAGUGACAUCAACAAACCCGGGACUGAUUAUCUCCUGAGAACUGCUAACAGACUUUAUGGCGAGAAAUCAUUUACAUUCUUAGAUGAAUUCCUAGGAUCAACUCUGAAGUACUAUCAUGCAGAUUUAGAGUGUGUAGACUUUUCUGGAAAGGCUGAAAUUUGCCGAAAAAAUAUAAAUGACUGGGUGGCACAGAAAACAGAAGGUAAAAUCCAGGAUCUAUUACCUGACGGCAGUGUGGAUGCUCUGACGAGACUGGUACUAGUCAAUGCAAUUUAUUUCAAAGGAAAUUGGGCCAACCAAUUUGAUAAGAGUCAAACUAAAGAAAUGCCAUUCCGACUCAGUAAGAAUGAAUCCAAGCCUGUACAGAUGAUGUACAAGAAAGCAAAAUACCAGAUGACUUAUAUUGGUGAUUUACUGACCAAGGUUAUCGAGUUGCCAUACGUUAAUAAUGAGCUUAGUAUGAUUAUAAUGCUCCCCGAUGAAAUUGAAGAUAACACUACUGGACUUGAAAAGCUAGAGAAGGAAAUAACAUAUGAAAACUUUUUGCAGUGGACAAACCCAGAUAUGAUGGAUGAAACUGAAAUGGAGUUGUAUGUUCCUAAAUUUAAAUUAGAAGAUAAUUAUGACCUAAAAUCUGUUCUUGUUGGCAUGGGUAUGUCACAUGCUUUUGACCAAGGAAAUGCAGACUUUUCUGCCAUGUCUGCGGGUAAUGAAUUGCUACUGUCUAAGGUGGUUCACAAGUCUUUUGUGGAAGUGAAUGAGGAGGGCACUGAGGCUGCUGCUGCCACUGCUGGAAUCAUGAUGCUUCGCUGUUUCUUGAGAACACCUACAAUUGUUUGCGAUCAUCCAUUCUUGUUCUUUAUCAUGCAUGCACCUAGUCGUAGCAUUUUGUUUUGUGGCAGAUUUGCUUCCCCCUAAGAUACAGUAAAGAUGAAUGGAAAGGGCUGUCUUUUAUAUAUAUAUUUUUUAUAGUAAGCAUUCAAUUGAAGUUCCGCUUCAAAAACAACAAUUAAAGUCCAAAAUUAAGGGGAAAAUGCAUGCGUUAAUUAUAAAUAAUACAAUAAAAAUUAAGUACUGUAAAGAUCAACAAAGCUAAUUUCACAUCAAAGCCAUUUCCUUAUUUCACGUAGACAAUGACUGUCAAGCUUGAUGACCUGUGUAAAUCUCUCCAUUUAUAGAUUAAAAAAAACAUAGAUCUGAGAACUUGAUCCUAGUAAAUGUCUGUAGUGUUUUGUAAGAUCAUCUCCUUGAAAUAUGAAGCUACAGCUUGUUUCGUCUGGAUGAGUGAUUGAUAUACCGAGCAGUCAAAUGUGGGAAUAACUAAUACACUGAACAUUCAUAUAUUUGUCUGUGCAACGUUGAGCAUGCACUACAAACAAAAGCAUGUUUAACUUCUGCACUGUGGCCAAAGUUUAGUACUUGGAGCAAAUUCUUCAAUGUCGUUCCACUGGGGAAGAUUUGAUAUGUGAACUGUUUUGCACAGACUUCAUGGGUGCAUAAAAAGUUCUGCUAUAAAGCCUGGUAAAUGGAACAUUGCACACUAUGAUGAAUGUUUGACACAUGGAGUGUUCCAAACACUGAAGAAGGUUUGGUACAGGGAACGUCCUGCACAGUGAAGAAGAUUUGAUACAUGGAACAUUGAGUACAGUGGUGAUGGAUGAGUAAAUAGAAAAGUCUGCUGUAAGUUUCUUCUGUGGAUACAUGGAACGCUCCGGGAAAAGAAGAAUACAAGCAAACUUUCCCUGCUCUAAUGAGCUUUGGAUAUGCUAACCAAGCGCAUAGAAUUGUAAAAGUGCUAUUCUUCACUUCCGAACUAUUGAUCGAUUAAAAUAUUUUUACUAUGGCAUUACAAAAUCUUAAUGUGACAUGUUUCUUCAACAUUAAAAAAAUAUAUAUGAA